CGCAAAUGCGCCACCGCCAACCCCCGCGGCCGCAUCCAUCAUGUCGACGACGCACAGAGAGGGCGUCAACCCGCUGAGGCCCUACUACAUUCCGCCCACCAUCGGCGAGGCCGCCGACCCCGUCGCCGCCGCCAGCACGAAUCCCUUCUCCGGCCGCCAUGCGACGGGCAGCGCCCGCUACGCGUCCAAGGCGCGCGACGUCCUCGCCGACCUCGACUACAAGGACUACCUGCGCGACUCAUCGCCGUCGGUCGUCCAGAGCGUCAAGGAGCUGGUCGACGAGCUGGUAUGGAAGUACACUUCCGUGUUGAUGGCCCAGCCGUUUGAGGUGGCCAAGACGAUCCUGCAGGCACGCGACCAGGACGACAACGCCGCGCUGGCCACGGCGUCGGAGCCCGGCAGCUUGAAGCGGCAGGCCUCGGGCCAGGCCGGCUCCAUCUAUGAUUACGCAGAUUCCGACUCGGAAGGUGACGAACCUGCCUAUUUCACAUCCAACGUGCCCGGAACGCCCACGUCCUCGUACAGGAGAAACCAGCACAUUCACGGCGCAUCAUCGCCAUCGUCGACGGCCAAAAAGCCUGCUGUCCCAGAACACCAGCUGACUCUGCGGAGGCCGGACUCUAUUGCCGAAGUGAUUGGGCAGUUAUGGCAAAAGGACGGCGCAUGGGGCGUGUGGAAGGGCUCGAACGCAACGUUCCUCUACACCGUCUUGCAAUCCUUGCUGGAAAACUGGUCGCGAAGCUUCCUGAGCGCCAUCUUCAACGUUCCCGACCUGGGCGUCAGGGAAGACAUGGACCGCCUCAUCGACAUCGCGUCCCCGUAUCCCUGGGUAUCCCUCUUCGUUGCUGGCGCUGCGGCGGUGGCUACAGGCGUCCUUCUCUCGCCGCUGGACCUUGUACGCACUAAGCUCAUCCUGACUCCGAACAAGGGACAGCGCCGGACGCUGGCGUCCCUGCGCGCCCUUCCGUCGUACCUGUGUCCGUCCGCGAUUGCUCUUCCCACCGUUCUCAACUCGCUCAUUCAUCCGCUGUUGACAUUAUCAACGCCGCUCGUCCUGCGAACUCGAUUCAUGAUUGAUAGCCAAGUCUCGCCGAUGACGUUUUCCGUCGCCAAAUUUUUCGCCUCGUCCGCUGCGAUCCUCGUCAAGCUGCCCAUCGAGACGGUGCUACGCCGCGGCCAGAUGGCUGUGCUCACGGGCCAGCAGUACGCUCGGGUGCUCGGGGCAAAGGAUCAGAAAUUCGAAACCAUUGUUCCCAUCGGGCGGUACAAGGGCGUCUUCGGCACCAUGUACCACAUCGCUUCCGAGGAGGGCACGCGGGAGAUUUCGGCCUCGCAGCCUCCCAAGAAGGGCAAGGCGAAGGCUAGGACCCUUCAGCCUACGCACAGAAAGGGGCAGGGCCUGGAGGGUCUUUGGCGUGGCUGGAAGGUCAACUGGUGGGGCCUCGUUGGACUCUGGACGGCGAGUGUCGUUGGCCGUGGUGGCGAGGGCGAGUUCUAAUGGCAGGAGGCGUGUAUACUCAGCUGGGAGGUGCAUUUGGGCGGCAAGGCGUUACGGGUUGGGAACUCUCCCCUAUGACUAUGAUGAUGGGCGGCAUGAUAUCCUCUUUUCUUCGUCACAUGUAACAAUGACAACA